GCUGCUUGCUGUAAGUCGCAUUUUCAGGUGUCGCACAGGGUCCUUUAGGCCAGGCGUGAAAAUCGGGGCCUGGGGGUUCGUCUUGGGGCGGAGGUGGAGGCCCACGCUGGGCCAGGCCCCGCCGUCUUCGCUCUGGCGCACUCAGCUUUCCAGCGCCGAGCCGAGCGGGGUGGGCGGUGUCGCCGGCGUGACGUCAUCUCCAAGCGUCCGGCACACCCAGAAGGAGCCGCGACCUCUCCGCGUGGGGAGCUGCGGGACAAUGCUGCAGCUAGUACGGGCCGGGGCGCGGGCCUGGCUUCGGCCCACCGGCUGCCGGGGCCUGAACGCGCUGGCGGAAGAGGCGGUGCAGCCGGCGACGAAGCCAGAGGCAGUAGUUAGCGCGGGUCCCCAGGCGCCCGUGCUGCGCAGGUGCGAGCUCCCGGUCCCCGCGUCCCGGCGUCCGGUGCAGGCCUGGGUGGAGUCCCUGCGAGACUACCAGCAGGAGCGUGUGGGUCUGGCCGAACUGCACCCCGAAGUUUUCUCCACGGCGCCCAGGAUGGAUAUCUUGCAUCAGGUUGCCAUCUGGCAAAAGAACUUCAAGAGAAUUAGCUACGCCAAGACCAAGACCAGGGCCGAGGUGAAGGGUGGGGGCCGGAAGCCCUGGCCACAGAAGGGCACUGGGCGUUCUAGGCACGGCAGCAUCCGCUCCCCGAUCUGGCGAGGAGGAGGCAUUGCCCACGGCCCCCGGGGCCCCACAAGCUACUACUACAUGCUGCCCAUGAAAGUGCGGGUGCAGGGCCUCAAGGUGGCACUGACCGUCAAGCUGGCCCAGGAUGACCUGCACAUUGUAGACUCCCUGGAGCUGCCGACCUCGGACCCCCAGUACCUGACGGAGCUGGCCCGCUACCGCCACUGGGGGGACUCUGUGCUCCUUGUGGACGUAGCACACGAGGACAUGCCUCAAAACGCUGUGGCGGCCGCUUCCGGGCUCAAGACCUUCAACCUGAUCCCGGCCGUCGGCGGCCAGGCCUCCCGCAGUGCGUUGUUUAUUCAUCUGCUCUGCCUAAUGUCAGGGUCAGUGCCCCGGUCAUGGUCUAGGCCUGAACGUGCACAGCAUGCUCAAACACCAGACCCUGGUCCUGACCCUGCGGACGGUCGCCUUCCUGGAGGAGAAGCUGCUCUGGCAUGACUCGCGCUACACGCCCCUCUACCCCUUCCGCCUGCCCUACCGAGACUUCCCCUGAGCCACAGCCCUGUGCCCCUCGAGGGCGGGGCCGCCCCCCUCCUGGACAGCUCGGCGCCCAGCGGCUGCUCUGAGUCGGCCAAGCCGCCGGCGGGCAUGUGGCGAGCGGCCGUCACUACCAGGAAGAGGUGACUUGGCAGAGAGCCCGACUGAACUCUGGCCCCCAAUUUUCUCCUUCAUUUUUAAGGUAAAUUUUAUUUUUUAAUCCGAGAAGAGAAACGGAUUAUUUUGUAAAUAAUUCCACCUGGUAAAUCAGGCUCUUUCCUGAGUGCAACGGCCGGGCUGCUGGGUACCUCUCCUCCGGGGCAGCCUCGGGGCUGUUGACGGCAGUGACCUUCAAUCAGCUUCCCAAGGACGACUCAGACGCGAGGAGCCAACAGCACUGCUGUCCCCCAUUCCCGAGCACUGUCACCACGAAUUCACGUCCCUGAUGGGCUCUGUGGUGCCCUUGGUCAUGGUCCUUCAUGCCAAGCCUUGGGUUUGAGUCUAAAAAUGGGAAGUGCAAACCUGAGCUGUCGUCACGAUUUCCCCUAAGCAGAGUCUGAAUCCAUGUGGUUAAUAAAUGAGCAAAUAAACACGUUUUUUAGAAAACACCAAA